AAGAAGACAUUCACUUCUACUACGACGAAGAAAGUAGCAUCAGAGAGCCAUGGCGUACCUUUUUGAGCGAAUUUGACGGAGGAGAGCGAAAAUGGCGAAAACCAGCCAGAGAAUGAAGCGACAACAUAAGAUAGCAUAUCUGUCACCGACACAGAAGCUGAGCCCGUUGGUCUCGGACGAGGAAUACCAGAAUACGUGAGGACAUUUUCAGUGACAGUGGCCGUAAUCCGAGAAGAAAGAAGUGGGAGGAAAAUGGCUACUACUGUUGAGAGCGGCUUAGAGAGGUUCAGCGGCGGAGGGAUGGCGCUGCUUCCCUGGACUAAACAGAUACUGACCGUGCUGUGGGAUCAGCUUCGGUUGUUAAUUCAGGUCAUCUAUUACACUUUCAUUUCAGUUUUCCAGAUGUUCAGGUUUGAGGUCCACGUCAGAAUCACAGACGAAACAGGAGAGCACAUCCAACAUAUGGGCACGGCCUCAAACACCCCUGAAUCCUUCCUGUUCUCCUCCUUGUUUGACGGCGACAACGGAGUCAUGGUCGGUGGUUCCAAUCCCCUCUCUAACUUCUGUGCCGACGUCGGCGACCCCUUCGCCGGGAAAUCCACGGCCGAGGCCCUGCUGUCCAGUCUGAGGGCCGAUGACCUGUGCUGUGGGCUAGUGGACGACUUUGUGUCCAGGACGGCGGGUAAGGAGGAAGGCAUCCUGCUCGGACACAAGUCUACCUGGAAAAUGGGCUUCCCUGGCGACUGGAACAUCUUCGUGUCUAGCAGUGACAGCUGUGGUUUGAACGACACUUGUCACAGAAGGUGUGAUAAAGUCCAAAGACCCAAAGAGAAAAUUUCCAAACAGGAGACUUCAGAGGAGGAUAGAAGCUCUCAGUGGAGCAGCGAGGAAGAGCAGAACUUUGUGGAGUUUGAGAGUGAAGAAAGUAAGGAGCUUUGGGAGUCUUUGUCAAAAUCCAGUGAUCCGUACAAUCCCUUCUUUUUCUCCGCCUGCAUAUCAACCAACUCAGACAUGGGGAAAAGUAAAAGUGAUGUUAAAACCAGCAGCAGUUCUGACCUAAAGGCUAGUGAGGAGAUGUUGGGUCCACCACAGCUGAAUAUGUGGGUGUGUCUCUCUGACAGUGAGAGCAGCUGGGCUGGUUCCGAGUGCUCCAGUCCUGAUAUCGACAAGGAAGAAAGUGACAAGCUCUGGGAGUUCUUCAGCAGGCCAGAAGACCCAUACAACCCCAUGUACUUCACUGCCAGUACAACCAGCAACCCCAGUCUCAAAACCAAAUCUACCCCAGUAUGUAAACAGGCCUCACUUCCUGCACCUCUCCCCAAGUCUGACGCUGAGGAGAAGCAAAGCAACUUUUCUCCAUUCGAGGACGACGAUGAAGAACUGCUCUGGAAAUCUCUUGGCCAAAAAGAUGAUCCGUACCACCCUCUGAACUUCCAGACUUGCCUCCAUAGCUCCUCGACAUCCCUCCAACGUGACGGCCAAACUCCAGACCCUCCCGCAACGAGCAAGAAGCAGAUAAAGGCAUCCAAAAAAUCUAGAGCUGACAAGCCUGCUCUGCCAGAUAGAAAGUUGAAGAAGCACUACCAUCCAGACAAAACGGUGGUUCCAUGGAAGAGACCUGAGCAAGCAUCUCAGGUACCUCCUGAGGGGAAGAAGGAAAACAAGGCCAGCACCAGGCAAAAGAAGGUGCAAUUUUCUCCUCUUGUACAAGUCCAUGUCAUGCGGACCUGGCCCUUUGCCCGCCAGGCGUCCCGUAAAGGUCACUGGGAGGAACUGGCGAGAGACCGUGAUCGCUUCCGAAGGCGGAUUUUCGACACCGAGUCGGCCAUUGGCCACUGUUUCACCCAGCCUCACAGAGAGAAGAUCCGUGCGUAUCUGGACAGUGCCUUGAAUCAGACGAAGGGUCCUGAACUCUGAAUGUUUCAUUUCUUUUGUGGAUGAGAAUUUGUGAUUGGUUGCAAUGCAACGGUGAUUUUUGAUUUAGGCCAAUUAGAAAUUCGAUGUUAGGCCAUUGUAAAUGUUCGGUGUCAAGUUGAACAACCUUGUACCUCAAGAGGUUUUAUACAUUGUGUAACUGUUGCACUGACUGACACUUUCUCAUAUUAACCUCAACAUUAAUGUGUGGAAUGUUGUUUUUUUGUAUGCCUUAUAUACUGACCUAGUAAUGUAACUUACUGAUGCUCUGUGGAGCUUGUCCUUUAUUUUUUACCAUUGGCUUGAACUGUUUGUACUUGUUUUUCUAUGCGUCAAGAAACCACAGUGAUGAGGUUCUAAGUAGAGACGGAAGAAAAGAAAGAAGAGCUUUACGUUCCAAAGUGUUUUGAAAAAAAUCGAAGCAUGGUGGAAACAUCAAGCUCUGGUGCAAUUUGUGUGUAAUGUUGAUGUAUUUAAAGCUUUGAUAUUUAUGCUUCUGUAUUUUUUUUAUGUGUAUUUAUAUGUUGGCAGAGCCUUUUGAUGUAAAGUGAAAAGGCAAAUUUGCGCCAUAAUUCAGAACACUUGGAUCAACGUGACUCACUCAGCUUCUCAUGGUAACAUCAUGUAGCUUGAAGUUUGUUGGUAGCAAAUUGAUUGUAGCUACUUUGUUCAGUCAAUAAAAUUUGUUACACUUUG